AUGAGACCAAUCCUGCUCUUACUGUUAAGUUGCAUCGCAGCAGCGCAAGCCAUCGUACCAGAGCUAGUCCUGACUCAAGAUGAUCGUAAAGCUGUAUCAGUGGCUGCAUUCGGCUUCUUGGCUGGUGGUCAGCUGUCUCUUAAUCUACAAGACUUGGAGUUUUCGAAUCUAGAAGAUCCAGGCACAGUCGCGUUUUAUAUUCGAAAAGCUCGACGGACGCUCUUUGACGACGAGGAGAGUAACCAAGACGCCUCUUCUGGUGGAGGAACAGACAAUAACGAAAAGACAACACCCGACCGGCUUACUUGUUUUCUCGACAAUAGUUAUAUCAAAGACGAAGUAAACGACGGUAUUAGCAUCGUUCAAGAAGUACCUGUGCAAAGUACGGUAUGGCAAAGUUCUUUACAAGUUGGGCCACAAGAAGAAGGUCUUUGGCAAGUUAUAUUCGUCAACUGUAAACAACAAUCUACCGUAUCUUUCCGGUUGACAAUCGAACAAGUGAAUCCUGGAAACAAUCAUUUAUCAGCAGGCGACACGCCUUUACCAAAAGUAUAUGGGGCCUCAUCCGCUGCUUAUCUAGUAGCCGCAUUAUAUUGGUUCAGCCUAUUAGUUUUCCGUAAAGAUACGCGCGUGUUUCGCGCGCAUUGGCUCAUUGCCAAAUUUUACUACAAAAAAACUGGGGCUCUGACAGAAGGAUGGCAAAUCGGCUUUUACGUGUUUGCAAGUGUCAAGGGCAUUCUCAGUAUCCUGAUCAUAGUACUGCUCGCUUCUGGAUGGAUGUUUAUCAAGCCAUUUUUAUCUGCAAAGGAUAAACGGGUCAUCUCGGUUGUUGUUCCGCUUCAAGUACUUGCCAACAUUGCAUCCGCUAUCGGCAGUGAAGCCGCUGUCGGUUCAACGGAUCGAAGCUUCUGGAACAUGCUUUUGCCUAUCAUUGAUCUUGCCGGCUGCUGUAUCGUACUGUGGACUAUCCUGCAAACGCGCAAACAUUUAGGCACUGGAUCAUCUGCUGACGGCAAAGAGGUGGAUGUUUUGAACAAAUACAAGCUGUGGUCCUCCUUUUACAUUGUCACCUUGGUGUACGUUUAUAUCACCCGCAUUAUUGUGCAGUUACUACAAGCUUCUUUACCGUUCCGCUAUGUGACCUGGUUAGGCGAAGCCGUGAAUGAAUUUGCCACAUUCUUGUUUUACAUCUUUAUCGGUUACAAAUUCAGACCGUAUCCAAAUAAUCCUUAUACCCAAGUCCCUGGUGAUGAACAAGAAGAUGUUGAGGGAUCAAACGUGGAUAAUGGCGAUUUAGAGCUAAGAACAGGUGCGGAAGGAGAAGGUGCCAUGCGACUGUAUCCAGUAUCACGAGCACGAUCAACACCAUCACCCAGUAAAUAA